AUGUCCCACCAGAAACGGUCAAUUCUCUCCUCACAAAACGCGCUUAUCCAUAGACUACUUGGUCAUAUCAAUGUUCAGUCGCUUUACAAAUCCAUUAAGAAUAAAACAUUCCAACACCUCGAACUUUCCGACAUCGACUGGGGCAACCUAGCUCAGUUCCAAUGUGUGGACUCUCUACAAGGCAAAAGUCGUCAACACUCACAUAUCGUUGGUUCCAGAGUCAAACAUCAAGAAAAAUAUUCAAACUUCGAAUAUAUCCACUCCGAUUUACUGGGACAGAUCUCUUCUCCGAGCACGAACACUAAGGCGUGGUUCAUCUCAUUUACUGAUGAAGCCAUCAGAUACCGCUGGGUCUACAAAAUAACCGACAAGCGUGACACUACCAUCCUACAUAUCCUAAAAUCAUUGAUUGACUACAUCCGCAAUCAAUUCAAAGGAAAUGUACUGGCUUUCCAAUUCGACCGGGGCAGUGAGUUUACGAACAACAUUGUCCGCACCUAUCUCGCUGAAAAGGGUAUAUCCACAUUCUACACCUCCGUAGGUGACCACCAAGCUAACGGGGUAGCCGAACGUCUCAAUCUAACGUUAAUGAACGACUGCCGCACUCUGCUGAAAACUACCAAUCUACUUUACCACUUAUGGUUCUACGCUGUCCAAUUUGCCACUCUGCUCAAAAACUCAGUCUACAACGACACUUUACAAUCUUCUGCUCGUGCCAAAGCUGGUCUACCCGGAAGGGACAUCAAAAAUAUCCUUCCAUUCGGACAACCUGUCAUAGCGCACUUCACGAAGCUUAAAACAGAGCUAAAAUAUCGUGGUGAACAAGGAUUCGCCCUUGUCCCUUCUUCCAACUCAUAUGGCUAUCAGAUUUACAUACCUGACUGA